UGCCCGACGCGCAGACGCCAUUUUGGCGGCAAUAUUUGUUCUCGAUAAAAAUACAGAUAAAAUAUUUUGAAUUGUUCUAGUUAAUCAGUGUUUAUUUUUUUGUAUUGUGUGGUGGUACGGAACCCUUAGUGCACGAGUUCGACUCGCACUUGCCCGGUUUUUUAUACCUAACCCCUAACCUCUCGCGAGCGAAGACUAGUGCUGUAUAGAGGUGUUAAAAAUAAUGAAACCUGAUUUAGCCAAGAUUGUUAUUUAGACAAUAAAAAAAACACUAACUACGUCACAUGACAUCGAAAAGUAAACAAAAUAAAUUAAAAUAACAUUAUAAGGAAGAUCAUAUUUCCCCUCAAGACAAACUUUCUCUAUUUCUUUCAUUUAUAUAAUUUUAAAAUAAUACGAAAAAACAUAAAUUAAAGGAAAUGUACAGACGGUUAAAUAAAUAAUGGCAGCUAUACUAACAAAAAUAAGUAAUAUGAAGAAGAAAAAGGACAGAAAUAGUGUAUACUCAAUGGUGUCGUGCAGUGACGUCACGCCAGGCAGCCUCGAGGUGUGGGUUGAGCUGCCAGACGCGAUCAAGUUCGAUCCUGCGCUUGCGCCGUUCAAGCACAUGUACGAACAACAUCACGGUAAACUUGAAACACGAGAGGAGAUUUCUGAAGGUGACCGGAAUAUAUUCAACAGAAAAUUAUCGGAUGGCGCUGCUGCCGACAGUGAAACGGUAGAGAGAAACAUACAUUCAAACAAUAAGGAUGAAAACAGAUUGGUACAAGAAGCAGAAGCUGCAGAUACUAAGAAGACACCGUCACUGAGAAAAAAGCAGCUGGAUCAAACCCUUCGUGUGGUCAAGCUAUCAGCCUUAAUAGCUGGCUGGGUGCUUCUAACCGUAUCUCUCCUCUUGAACAGAGAAAAAACAGACGUGGUACUACACACGGCUGUUCACAAUGAAGAUAUUAAAGAAUAUUUUCUCAAGUCAACCAACAACGACUUCACCGUCUCCAUCACGUUGUCUGGACCAUUCUCUGAUGCGACUGGCAACCAAACCAAAAAUAUAUUGCAAUUAUGGUUACAUCGAGGUUCUAGAAGCGAAGAAGAAACGUAUCAGGAUUCCUCCCCAUGGAUUAUCCAACUCCAACCCGAUGACGUAAUAGACUUCUCACCCAGUGCAUCCGAUUCUAAUACGCUGAAAAUUGAUAAAAACCACGUGCCAAGUAAACAUAACCCUGUGACGUUGAACAUAGGAAAUUCCGGCCGCAUCGAUACAGCGAAUAAUAUAUCAACGCUAAAUUAUAACAAUGAAAGCUCCAUAUCGCUGCGUAUUAGUACAACCAGCAACAAAACCGUACCACUGACGGUUAGUUACCAGCUCGACCCGUUGUCGGAGGAGGACGGUAUCAUCUACGCCACCAUUUUGCUUGGUGUACUCUACGUCUUGAUCAUCUUCGAGAUUGUGAACAGAACCAUAGCGGCUAUUCUUUCAUCAUCCCUGGGAGUCGCAGUGCUAGCACUUAGUGGUGCCAGGCCUUCCCUACCAGAACUCGUCUCUUGGCUUGACAUGGAGACUUUGUUACUACUGUUUAGUAUGAUGAUUCUGGUCGCCAUAUUGGCGGAAACGGGUCUCUUUGAUUAUUUAGCGGUCGUGGCUUUUGAGAUGACCGGCGGUCGAACCUGGCCACUCAUCAACACACUGUGCUUUUUCACGGCUAUAUUUUCAACAUUCCUGGACAAUGUCACCACUGUGCUCUUGAUGACACCGGUUACUAUAAGAUUAUGUGAAGUGAUGCAGCUGAACCCUGUACCGGUAUUGAUGUCGAUGGUGAUCUUCAGUAACGUGGGUGGUGCGGCCACACCCGUUGGGGACCCCCCCAAUGUAAUCAUAGCGAGCCAUCCGUCUGUGUUACACGCGAAUAUUAACUUCACAACAUUCACUCUACACAUGGGUGUCGGUAUCCUGCUCGUGUGUGUGCAAACAUACAUACAACUACGAUUCAUGUUCCGGGACAUGAACAAGUUGAGACAUAGCGUGCCAAGAGAUAUCGUGGAGAUGCGUCAAGAGAUAGGAGUGUGGAAGAGAGCCGCAGCAUCCCUCUCGUCUUAUUCAAGAGAUGAAGAUAUCGUGAGAAGAGCGCUUGAGAAAAAGGUGCAGAGACUGCAGACCACGCUCAUGAAACGCGAGGCAGGUAGUGGGAAAUCCAAGUGUGAUCCGCUAUUUUCUUCAACGCUCGCUCAAAUGAAACAAAAGUACCGCAUCAGAGAUAUGCAGCUGUUGGUGAAGUCAACGAUUUGCGUGACGUUCGUAGUCGUUGUAUUCUUUCUUCAUGCCAUACCUGAACUACAGGGACUGUCGUUGGGUUGGACGGCGUUACUCGGAGCCAUACUUCUGCUACUUCUAGCAGAGCGGGAAGACCUGGAACCGGUGCUAGCUAGAGUGGAGUGGUCCACAUUAUUGUUCUUUGCAGCCUUAUUCGUUCUAAUGGAGGUGUUAUCAAAAUUGGGCCUAAUAGCCUGGAUAGGCAGUCUAACAGAAUCACUCAUAUUGAAAGUCGGCGAGGAAUCAAGGCUAUCCGUAGCGAUAAUGCUUAUAUUAUGGGUGUCAGGGCUGGCGUCGGCGUUCGUGGACAACAUCCCGCUGACCACCAUGAUGGUGCGCGUGGUGGGCGCGCUGGCGAACUCGCUGGCGCUGCCGCUGGCGCCGCUGGCCUGGGCCCUCAGCUUCGGCGCCUGUCUCGGAGGCAACGGUACACUCAUCGGCGCAAGUGCGAACGUGGUCUGCGCAGGCGUCGCGGAGCAGCACGGUUACCGGUUCACCUUCAUGGAGUUCCUCAAAAUCGGGUUCCCCAUUAUGGUGGGGAACCUCAUCGUCGCCUCCAUAUAUCUUUUGAUAUGCCACAGUCUUUUUACUUGGCAUUGAACAUUUAAAUAUUUUUCAUCCAAACGCAUGUUUUUCGUUUUUGACAUUUGCCUUGAAAUUAAUUUAAAACGAAAUCAAUUCUUUUUUAUCUAUUUGUCAGCUGUCAAAAACAUUUAAUAUUAAACAUGGCGUCUUUUAUUUUUAUUAUGAUUAGUCAAUUUUAAAUCCAUGAUUAUCAAUGACAUCACGAAUAAUUACAUUAAAAUAUUAGUUUUAAUUUAUAUAAUUGUAUGUAACACAUACAUUAUAUAUUUUAUUUUUAUGUUUUACGGAAUAAUUAUAAUUAUAUUCUAUAUAUUUGUAAAAUAAAACCAGAUAUAAAGCGGUCACCCAUCUUCAUAGCAACUUAAGUUACUGUUGCUUAACCGACACAGUAUUUCUUAGUUCCUCUGUUUUUUAGUACUUAAACUUUUAUAAUUGGUAAAUAUAUUAAAUUAAUCUUAGUCUUACAAAUAAAAUAAAAUAAUAAUAAUAUCUUAUAUUAUAAUGUAAAAUGGGUCCAAAACUUAAAUGGUCGAGUAUUCUUUAAAAUAAUAAGUUAAUUCUAGUAAGUUACACCACAAAGAUUUCCAGUACAGUCAGCCUCAAAUAUAUAGCCUGCUAUUGGAAUUUUAAUGUAUAAGUAUCAGCCAAUCAGAACGUGUUCCAUGAAACACGUGGGUGAGUGGUUUUUCUAACGACAAAUAUUUACGCAUCGCAUCACAUUUAUUUUUGUUUCUUCGUAGUUAUAGUUCUCAUAAGAAAUAAAUAUUGUUAUAAAUAUAACAUUUAUUCGUAUUAUUAUAUUAUUUAAACAUUCAAAUAAUUGAUUUUGCAUCACAAAAGUGCUUUAAACUUUUAAACUGACAUAAAAAAAAACAUUUUGUACAGGAAAUCACUAGCGGAUGUUAGAAUUUUUUUAUAAUUUUUUAUCAAAUUUAAUAUUUUCGAAUUGAUACUUUGACACUAUACAGGUUGUCCAAAAGACGUUUCAAUAUUAUUUUGAUUACAUCUGUAAAGGUUAUAUCCAUAUACUGAAGUCUAAUUUGACAGAUUCAAAUGAUCUAUCUGCCUGUAUUAAUUGCGUUGAUGAAAAAUGUAUAUGUAAGCCGUACAGCGCCCCUGGCGGAUAAUUAAUGAACUGUCGCCUUUAUAGAACAAUUUGUUGAUUUUUUUUAUGGAAAAUAAUUUAAACGUCCUAAAAAGGUUACAAAAAAGAAACACUGAUUAUGGUAGCCAUUUUCAAGGCUGACUGUACAUGGUAAGUGGUACCAUCACACCUUUGAACGUAUUUGUGCUAUGUAUUAUUUUUUUAUAAAUUGAUUUAGUAUUAUUAUAACAUAAGCAAUGUUUUAAUGAAAUCGAUAUUAUUUUAUACGAAAAAUAUAAUGUUGGCUAAAUAAAUUUUAGCGCAUAUCACAAAUAUUAUGUAUGAAAUAAAUAUGUUCUUCG